AUGGAACAAGAAAUGGAAAGACGUCAAUUCAAAUUGGCCCCAGUACAGGCCUGUCAGCCAGGUGCUAGCAGGCUCAGAGAGAAUUGGGCAGGCCCUGGCCAUGAAUGGUGGUCUGAGGAGUGGGCAAAGAGCAUGUCAAGGCUUGAACAAAGACCAAUACAUGCGUGGGAAGUAAAAGAGAGGGUGAAAAACUUAAAAGACGGCGAAAUGUUGAGAAUUGCGGCACCACCAAGGGAACAGGCCAAAGGAGUGAACAGGUGCGCACAAGGCUGUCAGCCAGCAGAUGGCAGGCCCACAGGAAAAUGGACAGGACAUGACCGUGAAUGGUGGUUUGAGGGUUGGCCAAAGAGCUGGUUAGAACCUGAACAAAGUUCUAACCAGCUAUUGGAGGAUUAG